CAUUACUUUUUGUCAAUCUGCUUGUAGAUUGGUAUCAUGGUAUUGUGAAAAAAGGGUUUCUUGGACUACUUUUGAGUAGUGUGACUGGUCUGAGAAUGCGAUGAUUUCUUUUUUCUGUUUGGUUACACUUCAAUUAUUUUAUGGCACACAAGGGAUAAGGACACCUCUGGUUUUUUUGUUGUCUAGGGGACAUGACCUCUCCUGUGGGACCCCUUGGGAGAGUGAUCCCACAAGUGUACCACCACCAUGUUAGCACGGAUAUCUUAGCUACGUAUGUGGUGUCAGAUCAGAGAACAAGCGACGCCUUCAUGGCGAAAAUGGGCAAGGGCACAUCGGUAAUUGUGAAAAGUUAUUCAGAGCAGGUUUAUCCACACAUCCUGCAAAACCUGACCCCUACUGGAGAGAAGGCUGUGGCAGAAAUCCACCCAUGGAUACUGAACCUAUUGAUUGACUGGUGCAGUUUUGAUUCAGUCAUCUGCAGUCAUCCUCUUUCUGAGGAAGGGCCCAUGGCAGAUACUGAAAGGAAUUCGGCAGUUCUGGUAGCCACAGAGCCAUCGUGCAGCAGCCAGACUGUACAGUCAGCAGGAGACGGUUAGUAAUGCUAUUUGUUUGAAAGUUUUAUCAUAUGAUAUUAGUAAUGCAUAUAGUCUGCCAAACUCCACAACCAGACCAGUAGUAUCAAAUAAGAUAUUUUUGUACAAACAAUACACAAAUGGCAGUCUGCUCCAGUGAAAGUUGUUAAGUUGGAAGGUUUAUUCUUAUUUUGAAUGUGUUCACUUAUUGGAGAAUGCGAUGCUUUGUGGUUUCUCUCUAUUUGUUACAGGUGACAACAUUCAU